AUGGCCCCAUCCGACAAGGAACUCGAGGCGGCGCUUCUGGACACGGUUCGUGAUGUCUUCAAAACGGAUAUAGACAACCUCACCGUCAACUUCAUCCGGAAACGCGUCGAAUCAACUCUUGAACUUGAAGAUGGAUUCUUCUCGUCGGGAAAGUGGAAGGACAAGAGCAAGAAGCUGGUCAAGGAGCUUGCCACCGCUCUUAUGGAGGGCAAUGCCGAUCCCGAACCUGAGCCUGUGAAAGAUAAAGAGGUAAUGAAGCCAAAGAAGACCGGAAAACGCCAGUCAACCGAUAUAUCACCACCCGCGAAGCGUCGAAAGCGUGCAUCUGCCGCUAAAGAAAAUCUCGAGAACAGCGACACGGAGAACGAGAAGCCCAAGCCCAAGGCCAAACCAAAGAAGAAGGCAGCGCCACGGAAGAAGAAGCAGGACACUCCCGUGGUUGACUCCGAUUCCGAGCCCGAGCAGAGCCCCGCGAAGCCAAAAUCGUCCAAGGCUCGCAACGGACGCGCGAGCAAGGUCGAAGACAGUGGCUCGGAUGAUCUGAGCUCGCCGCCAGACAGCGACGAGGAGAAGGUCGAGAGUGAAAAGCAGACUUCAAAAGAUGAGAAGUCCAAGGCGCCUGAGGAGGAGAUCAAAGUUUCUGUCGAGACGAAGGUAGACGAGCUAGCCGAAAAACAGCCCGACGCCACCAUUGUAACGAAGAAUGAGGAACAAACUGUUGUCGACGACACAAGCAGCGAGCUGUCCGACGUGAUCGAUGAGCCACCCAAACCGAAGCGCAAGAAGAAGGAAGCCGGGGCUGGUAGCAAGGCGCCCAAGCAGAAGAAGGCGUCUACGGCCCCGGAGAACCCUGACGAUGCCGAAGUCAAGAAGCUACAGUCUCAGCUGGUUAAGUGUGGCAUACGCAAGAUCUGGGGUUUCGAAUUGAAGCAAUACGGAGACAACACGAAGGCCAAGAUCAAGCACCUUAGAGACAUGCUCAGGGACAUCGGCAUGGACGGCCGCUUCUCAGAGGCCAAAGCCAAAGAAAUCAAGGAGCGCAGAGAGCUCGAAGCGGACCUGGAGGCAGUUCAAGAGAUGAAUGCGAACUGGGGCGCGGGAGGCCGAUCAUCAAGGAGCAAGGCGCGCGGACAACCAGCACCGACAAAGGCCGUGAAGGACGACCUUUCCGAAGAUGAGAAUGACAAAAAAAAACGACGAUGA